CUGUGGUCGCCGGUGACGUCGCUGUCCUCUCCCUCCCUCUUUCUCUCGUCACGGUGUUGUUCGGGAAGGUGGAGGUGGUGGUGGCGCGGCGCUCUCGUUUUCUUUCGCCUCCUUCUAGUGAAAGACGCAGUUAGGUUUUAUCCGACGCGAGGGGAGGGAGGACGACGUUUUUCCUUCACCGCCAAACCGACCGAGACGAGCUGAAGGGCGGACCGCACCGAGAGGCAGAGCCCGAGACCGGCUGCGGAGCUGCACGUCCGCCGCUUUCUUCUAACACGACCGCAGUUGGUCAUUGAUUUAUUUUCCCCGUGGCCCCCCGGGCAUCUCUCGGCUCCUCCGAGUGUUACCCCCGACUGGCUCUGUUUCCGGGACAGUAACUACUGGUUUGACCCGUGACGCCCAGAAUCAUUACAUUAGCUAGCUAACAGGAAAACACAGACUCCCCCUCUCCCCCCCUCAACUCAGCCCGCGGCGGCGGGGACGCGGGGAGCCCACGGCUGUUAUCAGCCCAUACCAGUCGCCCCUCGGUGGACGUGUUUUCCUCUUCCUCCUCUCCCUUUUUCUCGCCAAGAGACGAUGCAGCUGAAAGUAAACUGGUGACCACCGGGAUUGUUUCGUCGACGAUGCAGCCAGUGCCCACCGGAAUGGUUCGAUAGCGUCUGCGGGGAGGGGGGGGGAGGGGGGGUCUGGGGGGGGAAGUGAAAAGCGGAGCGGGGGUCUCAGUCUGGGCUGUUGUUUUAUUUAUUUGUCCUCAGAUGAGGCUGGGUUCGUACCAACAACGCCGAUCAGUCAUGAUGUGGCUGUAGCUUAACAGGUUGUUUUUUUUAACGUAUCAGUUUAAGCUGGAUCACUGUCCCGGUGAUCUGUGCUGCCUUCAUGGACCGUGACAAUGAGGAUUGUAUGAGAAGCUGUUUCCCCCCCUGAUGCACGGAGCCUGACGUGAGUGACAACCAGGCCGAUCUGUGGGGUGGGUUUUUUUUUUGUACCCAGCGUGAACACAAGCCCACCGGCUACUUAUUGUGUUUUUUUCCUGCUGGACGGCGGAGAGCACUCAGGGACGAACAUGUCUUUACGCACGGCGCCGCCUGGGAACGAGCGGAACCCGGACCAUCAUACCUCCCUGUCGGCCAGCCGCUCAGAGAAGGGUACUGGCUGGUCAAGCCGCUCUCUUGGUGCCCGAUGUCGUAACUCCAUCGCCUUGUGUUCGGACGAGCAGCCGCACAUUGGAAACUACCGGCUGCUCAAAACCAUCGGCAAGGGCAACUUUGCCAAGGUCAAACUGGCUCGGCACAUAUUGACUGGCAGAGAGGUUGCAAUAAAGAUCAUCGAUAAAACACAACUCAACCCAACCAGCCUACAGAAGCUGUUUCGAGAGGUACGCAUCAUGAAAACGCUCAACCAUCCCAACAUAGUGCAGCUGUUUGAGGUGAUUGAGACAGAGAAGACUCUCUACCUGAUAAUGGAGUACGCCAGCGGAGGCGAAGUGUUCGACUACCUCGUGGCUCGUGGCAGAAUGAAGGAGAAAGAGGCCAGAGCUAAGUUCAGACAGAUUGUGUCAGCAGUACACUACUGUCAUCAGAAGAACAUUGUUCACAGAGACUUGAAGGCGGAGAACUUGCUUCUAGAUGCAGACGCCAACAUAAAAAUAGCUGACUUCGGCUUCAGUAACGAGUUUACUGCAGGCAGUAAACUGGACACGUUCUGUGGCUCUCCGCCCUACGCUGCCCCGGAGCUCUUCCAGGGCAAGAAGUACGAUGGCCCAGAGGUGGACAUCUGGAGCCUGGGGGUCAUCUUGUACACGUUGGUCAGUGGGUCGUUGCCCUUUGAUGGACAGAACCUAAAGGAGCUGCGGGAGCGCGUUUUGAGGGGGAAGUAUCGCGUGCCCUUCUACAUGUCCACAGACUGUGAGGGAAUCCUGCGCCGCUUCCUCGUCCUCAACCCUGCCAAGCGCUGCUCACUGGAGCAAAUAAUGAAAGAUAAGUGGAUCAAUGUCGGCUUUGACAGCGAGGAGCUGAAGCCCCACGCAGAGCCGGUGGAAGACAUCAGCGACACUGGUCGCAUCGAUGUUAUGGUUGGGAUGGGCUUCACCAGAGACGAGAUCAACGAUUCUCUGGUCAGUCAGAAAUACAAUGAGAUCACCGCCACAUACCUGUUGCUGGGACGCAAGAACGAGACUGACGGCAAUGAGUCUCAGACUGGCAGCAGUCUGAGUCUAGCUCGAGUCCGGCCCGGCACCAUCAUCAACGGAACCAGCAAACACUCCACCUCCUCUUCCUCCUCUGGUGCACCUUCUUCCUCCUCUGGCCACAAGGCACAGCGCAGCGCCUCAACAUACCACCGCCAGAGGCGACAUUCUGACUUCUGUGGUCCAGCGGUCCCAGUGUCCACGCACCCCAAACGGAGUCCCAGUGGUGUAGGCGAAGGUGCGGGUCUCAAAGAGGAACGGAUGUCAAUUCGCAAGCCGACCACAAACACCACCGGCUCCCGUAGCAUCCCAACCCCCUCUAGUCCCAUGGUCAGCUCCGCUCACAAUCCAAAUAAGGCCGAGAUACCUGACAGGCGCAAGGAAGUGAACUCAACCGCAAAUAACAACCCUGCCAGUGCCAUGACUCGAAGAAACACGUACGUCUGCACAGACCGGUCCAGCACCGACAGACACACACUGCUGCAAAACGGCAAGGAAAACAGUACCUUAUCCCGGCGCCUUCCCCCUGCCUCCCCUUCCACCCACAGCAUCGCCGGCGCCUCUGGGACCUCCUCUUCAUCCUCCACCCCCUCCUCCCGCCUCUCCAGGGGAUCCAGUGUAAGGAGCACUUUCCACGGAGGGCAGAUAAGGGACCGUCGUCCUCCCUCCCACGCACCCUCAGCUUCCCCGACGCCGUCACACGACGCCAGCCCACUGCCCCAUGCCAGGACCCGGGCCACGAGCAACCUGCUGAGCAAUCUCGCCUCCAAGUUGACCCGCAGGGUCACUCUUGACCCUACUAAACGUCAGAGCUCAAACAAGUCCAUGUCGGGUUGCACCCUCCCACAGGGGACAAAAACAGUUAGGUCACAGACGAACCUGAGAGAAUCAGCAGAUCUCCGGUCACAAGGAUCAUUAGUCUCAGCUCAUCAGCGUGUUACUAAAGGUCUUGUGUACUUCCUCUCAGCGUCAGCUGCUCCAGCAAUGUGUCAGUCUCAGAUUAAAACCAACAGUCGCCAUCUAUCUGGGCAUCAGAAAGCGGCCGAGCCCCGGACCCCCCGAUGCGGCUGGGAUGUGAGGGUGCGGAGCCCCCGCGACCCGGCCGAGGUGGUGCUCGCACUGCGGGAGGCGGCGCAGGGCUGCGGCUGCCAGGUCCACCUGGCCGGGCCUUUCCUCUUGUCCUGCACCCACGGAGCAGCCGGCGCCCGGGUGGCCUUCGAGGCCGAGGUCUGCCAGCUGCCCAGCGGGCUGGGCCAGAGCAGCGGUGUGCGGUUCAAGCGCCUGUGGGGGGCACCAUUAGCCUUCAGAGACAUCGCCACCAAAGUGUCCAAGGAGCUGGAGCUCUGAGGGCGACAGGAGGUGGGGCCUGGUGGACUGGACAGGUUGAUGUGUGAGGAGGAGGAGGAACAAUGAGGCAGACAGCAUUGCCUCCUCCUCUUUUUCCCUGGGCUCCACCUCAUCUGAUGCGGCUUGCGAUGCCUCGCCUCCGCCAAAGACCCUCUUCCUCCUGAUAUCCCACCAAUCACAGCCAGACUAAUGGAUGCACAGACAUGGAAUAGACCGCCAUCUGCAAACCUAUGAUGACCCUCGACCUUGGAGCUGUCAGUGACCUACGACCCUUAAAACCCGUCGCCACUCUCCAUAUUAUGUGAGCCCAUGGAGUCAAACGUUUUUGCUUUCACAAUGUCAUAUUUGCUGAUGAGAAUGAUGGAGACUGAUAAUCUGUUGACGUUGUUUUUCCUGUUGUACCACGUGUCGUCAUUCCUUUUAAAGAGCUGCUAUUUGAAGAAAUGUUUUAAUUUUUGUGUAUUAAAUUGAUUUUCUUCCUUUGAUGCUUUUUAAAUGGGCAGAAGUUUGACAUCUGAUUUCAUCCUCUGAAGCACAUACUGUAUUGAGGGAGUGAAGGCGCAGUCUGAUCUCCGGCCUCUAGAGGGAGACAUGCAGAAACGCCUAGACCUGCGACAGACAGAAUGAAGCACCGUCUCUGCCCAUUGACGAAGCCCAUUUUACUGCUCGGUUGGGAUUUUGAUGUGUGUUUGCAGCAUUUCUGGUCAAGUGUCAUCCUCUAUGCCAGUCACCCACAGUCGCUGACAGACGAGCAAAGCAGAACAUCCGCUGAUAUUUUUACUCCCGAGGACCGGAUCAUUUGAGCUCAAGUUUGCUCCGUACAACAACUCAACUUGGCUCUAUGAUCUGUUCCUCUUUCAAGUUUUCAACAAGCAGAAAUGACUAAAUAUUUUGUUGGUUCAAAGUGCAACAUAGAGUUUAUUUUUACCAACUGUUAACAAAAACAGAUGUCCACCUGGAGUCAUGAUUCUAGUUUUUAUUUUAUUUCACAUUUUUAUUUUUGUCUCAGCUCUGUUUGUUUUGCAGGAGUUUCAAAUCUGGAUGUCGCAUCAAAAAAAAAGAGAGCUAAUAACAGCUAUUAUUCAUCCCUCUACCUACAAGACCAAUACAGAUAUAAUUCAAAACCUGAUCCAACAUGAAGAUAACGACUUGACUUGUUGGUUACUUUGGUCCAGAUGUACUGUAAUCUCUCUCUCUCACUCUCUCUCACACACACACACACACACACAUUUACUGUAGCUCAUGCUUGUUUGGGAUAAAUGGAGGCUUUCACUGACAUAAAAAAAUUAUUUCUCGUAGCACUUUGGCAUAUCUAUUCUGUACCACACGUCAGGAUGCCGUCGCUCUCCUCAGGUGUUUUGCAAUUCAGACUUGAAAAAGCCUUUUAGCUGGGAUCACAUUGUACUGCUCCGGCUGUGUUUUUAAUUCAUCAGCAUUUUUUCUUUUAUCAAAUUGUUCAAACUCACAUUUACAGCCACUGAAAUGGAUAAUUGACACGCUGGCUGCCAAUAUUGUCUUUACUCACAUGCACGUACGUUUGGCUUCUUGGCAUCAUAUAGUACACUCUCAGCACUCCGCUGCAGUGAUGUUUCCAGCUAGAGGUGCCGGUUGACUCCACUGAUGCCACAAAGUCAUAUCAAGGAAACUCCAAUUAUUUUCAAACAAAUUUCAAAAGAAUACAUUUCAAAAUGGUGAUCUGUCUCCACAAGGUUUUGUCAUAUUAAACUGUUUUCUAAUCUAGCCCCCCCUCCCUGUCAACCAAUCAGGCUGCAGCACUGAUGAGAGGUGAAUGACUGUUGACCAAUCACAUGCCAUUAUUGCUGUAAGAGGUGUAUGACUGUUAACGGAUCAGACUCCUGCCUCAUCAUUUAAAACAUGCGCUGCUGUGAGUUGCUGGUGUGUGUCGAGAAUGUGACCUUGAAUGACCUUUUUGGGAAAUUUGACUCUUACGUUUAGUUUUUUUUUUCCAAGAGUUUUUUUUUACAAUUUGCUGCUCGUCCCCAAACAAAUCGACCAAAAGAUUCAGCAGAAACAUAGACUGCACCAGGUGCCGCAUCGAUCACACGUCGCUGCGUCGACCCUGGCGACUCCAAAAAGGUUGUUGUACUUAUAUUGUUACUCUUUAAAAAAAAAAACAAGCAUUUUCAAAGUAUGCAGCAUCUUACAAAAAAUUUAAGUAUAAAGUCAGAUGUCGCAGCACAUUUGUGAUCUUUGCGGCUGUAUGGUCUGUGUGUUCCUCUGUUUUAAAGGGAGAGUUCAGCUGCCGCCACAUCCACCACUGUUUGAAAAUGUAAAGCUGUGAUUUAGGGCUAGUUUUUGCAAUUUUCUUUUUGUGUGUGCGUGUGUGUAAAAACUGGGCCUCACUCUCCGAAACCCGAUGUCUAGACACAGUUAGGGCCAUGCUUUGUAUAGUGUGUUUGAAGCUGUCGCUGUUCUCAACAAAAAACGUAACUUAUGGGCUGAAAUUACGGAAAUGAUCGACCUGCAAUCCUGCAUGUCUCCUAGGAAAUAAUGUGUGACACAAAAAUAAAGACUUUCAACUUCUUUCAUA